AAAUAUCGGGAUUUUUUUUUAGAAUGAGUGUGUCUUUUUUUUCGGUUGAGGAGUCAGUCGAGUGUCGUCUCUUGUGCAAAAACAAAAAUUGUCAAAAUACGAAGGAUGAUCGGCACGAGAUAUGGUCGAGAGAAAAAAGAAAGCUGUGAGCUGAAUUUUUUUUGACUUUCAAAAACGGAAUCUAAGGUGAGAGAAAAACCUUCUUUUUUUUUGAAUCGAAGAUAACAUCACCAAAACAACUCAAGAAAAUAGUAUUUUUUUCGCGCCGAAGUGGAAGGAAUCUGUCAAAAAAGGAAACUAUGAGUCCUAUCCAAAGUAUUUGAUAUCCAAAGUAGCUUACGACAGUUUAAACUUAAAGAACUUGACUUUUACGAAGACAGGAACGAAGUGGUACCUUCCAGAUAACGAUUUUGAUCGACAUCAGCAUACCAGCUGUCUAUAAUAGAACUUGAUUUAUCACUCUCACUCGUUCGGAACUAAAUGGUCAUGAUCUUUCAAAUUUAUUUACGGCAUCGGACGUUCUCUUUUCAGGAGCCAAUUCUGGUAAAAGUGUAAAUCAUCAGUCUUUACAAGACUUUCAAAUUCAGUCACCUGUAUUCAUUAUAUCAAGAACUGUAAUACUGUUGGACCAUUCGAACACAGACUGCUAAGUCGCGUCUAGUUUCUCGGUGAGAAACACUUGAGAGCGAUACAGUUUGCACAAUUUGCACUCACAGCCUGAGACUAAUGAUCUCUGGCUGCUUUGAUCCCUGUGGGUGUUCAUUGGGGUUACAAGGAGGAAGUCUCAGCGUCAUCAUUGGGAUAUCAUGUUGCAUGGGGAAGCUUUCAUAUGCUUCAUAUGGAGACGCUUAUGCUAUCACCAUUGAUUCAUACGAUCAUCAUGCGCUGGCAUUCGUCAUUGAUCAGAAUUGGCAAGACGUUAUGGACCUGGCUACAGUUGUGAAACAUUCAUCAUUCCUUCUAUCUGAAUACGUUGAAGGUCCUUCGCCUGUUGAUCAUUGAUUUUGGAACCAUAUGCGUUUAGGUCUGUAGGUUAUCCUUGAGAUCUUUCCUGUGUUGCUUUGUCCUUGACUGUGUUGAGGGCUUGAGCCACAAACGAGAGAGAGAGGAGAAGCCAGAGACACCCGCGCGACGGUAAACCCGUCGGGCGUUGGAUAGUGCUCCGGUAACCUCUUGCAACAACAACGAGAGAGGAGAAGCCAGAGACACCCGCGCGACGGUAAACCCGUCGGGCGUUUGGAUGGUGCUCCGGUAACCUUUUGCCUGGCGAUCUUGGUCAUUUUGAUGAUCUUCAUCCUUGUGAUCUUUGUGAUUCUUCUAGGAUUACGAUCUUGACCAACGCCCCUCCUCAAUCGUUGCGUGUCGAAGUCCCUAGUCUUCUGGACGACCACGGAAGUCAUAUCUCCUAACUAGUCUUCUAAUGGCUACGGUAUACUCGGCUAGAAGCCAAAAUAAACCGAAUAUACUACACUAUAGUAAGCUAAAUCAUCCCCAUCCGUUUCAUCGUCUGAGGAAUCACAAUCAUCAUACUCAACUUUAUGUAUCGGAUUAUCUAUAUGGUGAAGUAGUAGUCUACGUUGAGACGAACUACAUUCUAGCUUAGUUAAGCCAUCAGCCUUCAUUAAGUUAGUUGGGCAGAAAACUAUCUUACUGGCCGCAUCACGCACACGCAAGUAGCGAAGUGCAUAAUGGCGACUCUUCGGGCGUGUGUCAGUUGCUUUAGCUGUUGUGAUCGCGGAUUGGUUGUCGAUCCAGAGCGCAGCAUUGUCUAAAGAGGGAGACAAGCCGUUCUGUGUGUGUACCAACUGAGUUGGUAGAGGCCUAUGGAAGUCUGUAAAGUCAUGCAGUUCACUAAGCACAAUUGUGCCAGAAGCUGCAAUAUAUUCACUUUCAGCCGUAGAAUAGGCGCGGACAGUUUGUCGGUUACUUCUCCAAGCGAUUGGGACGCCUUUGAAAUACAUGAUCGAUCCACUUGUGCUUCUCAUAGUCUUUACGCAGUUGGCGAAACCUGCAUCACUAAAGAUAUUCACCUCUGGCAUAUCUCUGCCUUCAGGUAGUAACUUUGAAUAUAUUCUGCUGAAUUCUUCUUCUUGUUCUGGUGAGUAUUCCAGUCCUUGGUCUCUCGUUGUCACCAGAUACUUUAGCACUUUUCUGGCUGCUUUACCCUCCCAUUCUUGUUGACGCGGGUUUGCUGACAUGUCUAGCCAAUGCUGCCACCGGUGCAGAAAUGUCCGGGCGCGCGGUUACAGCUACCCAUAGCAAGGCACCAACUACCUCACGAAAGGGAUACCCUUCGACUAUCUUGAUCCCCUCCUCAAGAAAAGCCGACUCGUCAAAAUUGGGCGAGUAAACCGGUUUUCCGACAUCAGUUUCGAACUUCUUUGCGAUUUUAUCAGUGUACUCCUCCAUAUUGGGCCGAAAUGUUCGAGCUUCACGGCAGUAGUACACGAUGGCACCUAAGAAGUCGAACCUGAGCCACGUUUGACCCCAAGGGGUUGGAACGGACUCCACAUCAAUCGCACGGCCAGGGGCACGCGAGAAGAUGAGUUCUAGUUCGGUCUUGAGCUCAUCAAGAUCAGGACCCGUUGCAAGAUUGUCAUCAGCAUAGACUGACAUCUUGAGGAACUUCCCUGGUACCUUCGCGCUCGGCUUUCUCCAUAAGCCUGGCGCAGAAUCACACGGCUCCCAGCCAAUACUGGCUAGUAUGUCGUGAUAUUUCUUGAACCAUGCUCGUGGUGCGUCCUUCAAGCCGUAUAAAGCCUUCUUGAGCUUCACGAUCUCGCGUCCAUGCUUCUCUGCCCAGAUGGGUGGGAGACGACAGAAGACAUCGCGAUCGAGUUCAGCAUUGAGGAACGCAGAAUCUAAAUCGAACGGGAUCACGUAGUCCUGUUCUGACGCAGCAGAAGUCAGGAGCAGCCUAUUAGCGGCGUGUGAAACUACGGGAGCAAAGGCGUGUAGCUCUCCUGAACGAUCUAGAUUACCGAGGACACAAGCGCGAGCCUUGUACCUUCCACAUCUUUUAAUAGUUAGAAUUAUGGCAAUCGGUAGAGCCUGUCGCGCGGUCGCAGGCUCCUCGUCAGAAGCUUCUUUCCACGUUUCAAAGGCUAGUAGUCUCGCGUGCUCUUUGUCAAUGACCUCCCGCCACUUGUCGGCAUCAGGAGACUUGAGCGCUUGAGCAACGGACAAAAUCACAUAUGACUCGACGAAUUCCUCACCUUCGUCUAAUUCACACAUGCCACCUACUGCACUAGCGAACAGCGCCACACUCUUCCUCAGUUCUUCUACCUGUUUCUUUGUUCUUCGAACCCUGCUGCCUGCUUUGUCCUUCGCUCCUUUUGGUCGGCCACGCUUCUUGGCGUGUGUAUGGCGUUCGCCUGCCACAACACGUGCUGGAGAAGGCGCUUUCGACUUAGACGGACUUAGCGGAGCAGAUGCCUCGCGAUCCUUCGCUUCAGCAUUCCCCUCCUCAAGUGAAACAUCUUUAGGAGAGUCAGCUGCGUUGGAUUCCUCUAUUUUAUCCAGUGUCUCAAUAAAUAAUUCGUCGGAAAUCGCGGUCGGUCCACCUGGAAUGUGCUCCGUGCGAGAGAACCCCGAUUGAUGAUCCAGCCUUUGCACUGACUGUCCAAGCAAGGGGGAGCCCAGCGACGACGCGCCACUCUGCAGAUUUUCCAGCUCGUCAUACUCAAUGUGGAUGCCCUUCUGGUCUGGCAAAAGCCAAUCAAUAUUCUUUAUUAGGUAAUCCUCUCUGAACUUUACAUCUAGGGGAGAGUAUUCCGCCCAUCGAUGUCCAAGCUUGCAACGAUCGUCAUGAGCGAAAGUUCCAACCAACCAACCAGACGACUUCGGACAGAGUCCAAGGAAGACGCCUCGGCGGUAUUUGGCCGAGAGCUUGGGUUCAGGAGUGUUGGGUUGAAUUUGUUCACGAAAGUAAACUAGACAACCAAAUCGGCGGAGCAUGCCGAUUGAGCUCUUCGAUGAGUUUCUACCAGUCCUUUCUUCUAAGAUUUCAAUUGGACUCUUUCCAUCAUUUUGAGGCAUUUUUGCAUAGUUAUGCGGUAAACGAUCCCAGCAGUCACCAGCGUACUCGACGCAGUAACACCAGAGGCGUUUAUCAACUUUUGUCAGCAUUGUGCGUACACUGCCGAACAAAGUCCGCAUAAAACGUUCGCAGGUCCCAUUCAUCUCCGGAUUAUAAGGAACAGCCGGACUGUCUGAGACUCGCAGCGAUUGCAUAACUUUGGUCAUGUCAUCACUGCUCAGGACAGGUUCUCCAUCCCUCCGGAGGAACCGCACUACCUUGUCAUCAAGUGAUAAGGAGUAGUCCUGGCGAAUGCCUUUGCUAACUUCUUCUAUUUCCUCCACACAGUCACUUUUCAGCUUAAGCGGUCGACAGAGCACCUUCUUAAUUACAUCACAGAUGAUCACUAGUACACAUCUCUUUGACCUGACUGAUACGGGUUUGAUUCCAACAGCAAAGUCGAUUGCUAGCAACUUCAAUGGUUCAGGUUUGUAGUUCGAAGUAUCUCUAGCUUUUGCAUGUGGUGCACGUUGGCCGUUGUGUAGAUCACACUCAGGGCAAUUUACCUGGGGGCCAUCUAUAUGAAAGUGCCCACAUCUUCUAUGAAGUUCGAGUCUUGUAAGAUAACAGCUACUGACUCCUUCUUCUACUGUUGAACAAAUAUAACCACUAUCAGUCUCUUCUUUAAACAAGUUGCAUGCAAGUAUGGGAAGCUGCAAGCGUGGUUGACUUCUUAUUGGUAUGGCCUGGCCGGUGUCCGUAUGUACGAGACAACCGCCUGCGCCUUUGAAGUUGAAUUCCCAUCCUAAUUGCGAGCAGUUCCCUUCACCUAACCAAGGCAUAAUACGAUCUAAGUCCUUUGGUAGUGAAUCAUAAUAAGCACCAUACUGGAGCCCUAAGAUGUUUGGCUUUAGUUUUCCUACUCUUCCGUCUUUACUUCCAGCGCUACCAGUAAUCCUACAAAUUCUCAUAGUUAUUUCACUAAAAUCAUCUUUGUGUCUUGAAAGAUAUUUGUUGGCACAACUAUCAACCAGACUAACUUCUUCUCUUGCAGUAAUGGAACUAGUUGAAAGACUAUGUCCCACAAGUUUUACCUCCCCUGUAUUAUUUACGUUUAUUUCUUCACCCUCAUCUUCAUCCAAGUUCAGCGAGCAAAAUCCGCUUUCCACCGGUUCCGCAACUCAGCUCUGCUUUCCGCCGUUGAGAGCUUGCCACAGCUCCGCAACUUGGGACAUGUGAACCAUGCCAUUACCCUUUCCACCUUUACCCAUAGCACUACUAGAUUGGGAAUUGGUGUUCCAGUUCCAGUUUGCCUGGUUCUGUGGAUUCUUCCAACAAGACGCGGAUUUGUGACCCGGUUUGUUGCAGAUCCAACAGACUGGACGGGUAUCUUGUUUUCCAGAACCUUUAUUAUUUUUGUUCUGCGGCUUUCCUUUGCCGUUCGAAUUGGAGGCAUAGACCUCGGCGGCGAUCUUCUUCUUUGUGUUUGCCUUGAAGCGCUUGAGAGCACUUUUAGACAGAAAGAUCUUACCACCUUCAUUGGCCUUUUCCUCGUCAUCUUCCUCUUCACGAGAACGCUUAUUCGAGGUCUCCUGAACAUUGACCGGGAACGCCUUCCCGAAGGAAUCGUUCUCAACUUUGUAGGUUCCCUCCUCGAUCAACGUCGCAAGACGCUUUUCAAGUCGGUCACCAAUCUGGUCAAAUGUCAGACCAUCUUCUUCCUGCAUGCGUUCGAUCGUUGCCUUGAAGUUCUUGCAGAACAGCUCUGGCAACUUCUGUAGCAGUGCACCAUUUUGUUGGUCACUUUCUGGCACUCCUGCUUCCGGCGGGUACACGGUGGGCGACUGGUUCAUGAUGUCUCGGACUUUCGACAAGAAUCCUGUGACAUCUGCAGGUUGAUCCGCGUUGUGGAACUUCAACACGCCAUCCGUAAGCGGUUUUACUUUCAUCCGUUGUUCCUGACGGUUGUUUUGAUCGAAGUGUCCUACAUCACGAAGGAGCACAACAACCUCACCUGCAUCCAUCGCAUCCACCUGCCCAUUAUCGUUCUGGUUGUUGAUGAACGACGCAGCGGCACCUUUCAGACUACGAAUAAUCGCAUCUUUCAGGUUGCGCCACUUCUGCCGAAUUGUUUCCUCCCGAUUGGUAACUCCGUUAGGAAUACCAUGAGGAGCUGCCGGAAUGCCGACUACAUUCGUGUAGUUUUGAAGCAGGCCGAGACGGCUAGCUUCCUGACGUAUGGCAAGUUGCCAUGCUCGCCAGUCGGACUUCUGUCCGAGUUUCUUCGAAAUUUCUUUCGCAUCGCAGGACAUUUUGAAAAGUUGUUUCUAGAUGGAUUUCUACUCUAUACUUAGCUCAAGGGUCAAAGUAGUGUUGGAUACAUUCGAACACAGACUGUUAAGUCGCGUCUAGUUUCUCGGUGAGAAACACUUGAGAGUGAUACUGUUUGCACAAUUUGCACUCACAGCCUGAGACUAAUGAUCUCUGGCUGCUUUGAUCCCUGUGGAUGUUCAUUGGGGUUACAUGGAGGAAGUCUCAGCUUCAUCAUUGGGAUAUCAUGUUGCAUGGGGAAACUUUCAUAUGGAAACGCUUAUGCUAUCAUCAUUGAUUCAUACGAUCAUCCUAUGUUGAUUCUCAUCAUUGAUCAGAACUGACAGUACGUUAUGAACCUGAUUACAGCUAUGAAACAUUCAUCAUUUCUUCUAUCUGAAUACGUUGAAGGUCCUUUGCCUGAUGAUCACUGUUUUUGGAACUAUAUGCAUUUAGGUCUGUAGGUUAUCUUUGAGAUCAUUCCGGUGCUGUUUUGUCCUUGACUGUAUUGGGAGGCUUGAGCCACAAACGAGAGAGAGAGGAGAAGCCAGAGACACCCGCGCGACGGUAAACCCGUCGGGCGUUUGGAUGGUGCUCCGGUAACCUUUUGCCUGGCGAUCUUGGUCAUUUUGAUGAUCUUCAUCCUUGUGAUCUUUGUGAUUCUUCUAGGAUUACGAUCUUGGCCAACAAAUGCUCAGAUUUUGGUAGAGUGGUACAAAUUUUCAAAAAAAAAAGUUCAAGAUUUUUGAAGUCCAGUUACUAAAAAGUAUCUACUCCCCUUUAACAAACAAACAAAACAUGUACGGCUCAUCAACACCAGAAGAUGGUCUGUCGUCUCCCGUUUCUGAGUCUGGUUCGGAGGUCCGCGGACCGCCAGAAAUGUACGAAGUGCAUGGCGGUGAGUGGGAGAAUAAGACUUCGAGAAAGUUGCUGUUUGCCGAAGAUGAGGGACCUAGAUUUGCGACAAUGGACGAAUUGAUUCGGGGAGUGGACUGGGAAGCUGAGGUAUAGACUGUAAUUAGUAGAGUAGUAGUUUCUGGGAGAUGUUGAAGAUCAUUGCGGUUGAGAUUUGCUUCAGUAGUUCUGCUGCUUUAGUAGAAACCCUAAACCCUAAACCCCUAAAGCCAAACCCUAACAAUUACGGAUGUAGGGAGCUUCCUUAAGCAUAUUUUCGUGGAAGAUGAUUGAUGAGUCAGUUUUUUCUGCACCCAAUAGUUCAUGCACGUGGUGAAGUCACCACUUGAAUCUUCUCCGACACUUGUUCACCAGGGCCUCGACCCUCCCGAUGACCGAGUGCUUCUAGAGGGGCACCCAGCGAAGGGUAAAAGCGGGAAAGCGUCAAAGGGCGGCAGGAGUGGUAAGGGAGGCAAGAGACGGUCACAGGCUGAGUCAAAUGGUUCUGGUCAACAAGCCCAACAAGAUCAAAUUGCUGAGCAACAACACCGACAACAGCAAGUUGCACAACCUGAACAAGGACAACAAGGAGAAUUACGAGGACAAGGUGUACACGAGCAAGGGCAUCAUCCAGGUAUGGUCAUGCCAGAACAUAAAGGUAACAAACAUCAAGCACAUCAAGUACAGGCACGACUACAUCAAGCACAAGCACAAGAGCAAGGACACACGAAGGUAGGAGUAGAGCAGCAAAAUGUUGAUGAUCCUAUGGAGGUUGAGGAGGAAAACGAGCAUAAGGGGAAUCAAAAGAGGCCUUCCUCUAGUGCUCUAGCAAAUGAGGAUGAGAAGGAUGCUGCUCUGAAGAUGAUUGAUACCGCGAUGAAGAGGGUGAAGGCGGAACAAAAGGUGACUGCGAUGAAAGGACGCAAACGCCGUACUGAGAGACAAGAUGCAGCACUCAAAAAAAAAGCCAAACAGGAAGAGGAAGCACUAACGCGUCUGCAAGAAGCAGCAAAGAAAGCGUCACAUGGCGAGGUGGAUAUCAUGGCAGGACUUGAGCCGGCUGAUUUGUUGGGUUAUGAUUGAAAUUUGUGAUCUCGAAUAGACUGUAACGACGAACAAUACUACACUUAUAGGUACCUGUGAAUGACAGAUGAAGAGGUCUACUGCCUACAUUUGUUAGAGACUCUGGUGUAGUCGUGGUCCUGCUUUGCUACCAUGCAUAACUUGGAAAAUGUUGAGACGAUUUGAAAAAACUACCUUUCUUUCCUCUUUUCUUCUAACACUUUGAGCACGCACUCGAGGCUGUUCCGGAGAGUGACAUUGACGCUGGUGCUCUACCUACUGGUGCACGGAAUCGGUUUGGAACCGCGCGAAGCCAGGACAAGCGUGACAAGACAGUCAAGAAGGACGAUGACAAAAAUUAUGACAACAUACAUUGAUGUGAGAAAUAGUAAUCCUGCUGAUCAUGUAGUGGUUUAAGUUGCGCCAUUUUCAUAGAGUACUAAAUUCACCUGAGUACUAGAGUGAUCAUGCUUAUGUUCCAAAAGCAAGAAGGAAAAAAAAAAUCUACCGGGAUAUCUUCUUGAAGCGCAGUGUCUGAAAAUGUCACCCAAUAAGAGUAGCGUAUUUAUCAAACUCUGAAACAAGGCAUCUCCCUGAGUUAUCUUCCUGGUAAAGAUUCAUCUUCAAGCAUCCUUCCUCUAUCUUCAAGCAUUCUUUCUCAAUCGUCUCUAAUAUAUAGACAAGAAGGUGCUUCCAGGGAUUGGACUAAAAGGCGGUCGCUUCCACAAGGUGGAUAGACAAGCGAAAGACCCUUUUGCGGAUAGACAAUUCGCGAUUCCGAAUGCACCGUUUCAGAGAUUGACUAGGGUAGAAUUCUUGAGAUUGUAGUUGAAAAAUGUAUAUAGUAAAAGGUUUAAUAGUUUAGAAGUCUAUAAAAACGCUUAAGUUAGUAUUUGGUGUAGAAGUUGUUCGCUGUUAGCUGGAGAACAGUAUCUUACUGUCGUGGAGGAUUGUAGUUUUAUGCUGCUAAUGAGUCCUUCAUUCAAGAAAUUCUUCACCACUGACUCUGUCCCGCCAGGACAUAAUUCGUGGUAUCGAAGCUGAGGAUCCUCAAAAUGGAAAGUCUACGCGUAUUGGAGUUGCGGCAAUGAUUAUCUUCCAGGAAGCAGUGGAGCGUUAUAUGGUUGGCGUUUUCGAGGACUGUAAUGCUUGCGCAACACAUGCGAAGAGGGUAAUUUUCAAUUGCAUAGAAUUUGGACUACUCAAUUCUCCUACUUAGGGCUAUACGACAACCGUUCAAUUCUACCGGUUACUAUCAGAUUUAGUACGAACUAGUCGGGGGAAUCUAUGCAGCAACCUAAUGGCAAAAAUUGGACGUACUACAGCAUUUUUUCAACUUCCAUACAUCUUCGUCCAUACAUCUUCCUCUUCCAUACAUAUUCUUCCAUACAUCUUCCUUAUCCUUUUCCUUACACAGGUAACAAUAAUGCCACGUGAUUUGCUGCUCACGAUGCGGAUCCGUGGAGAACUGUUGAGAACGCAGAUGGCUUUGGGAGAUCACCGCUUCGGAAAGGACUCUGUGGGCAUUUUUAUGGCAGGCUUGUUUGUUCGUCUAAGGUUCACAAUAUUGUAUCUUCUUUAGACAGCGCCGGCGCUUAGUUACUAGUACUUAGAAAGAUAAGUACUUACCUGACUUUUCUUUUUUCGGUUUUUGUUUUUUCUAAUUAGGUCUGCUCCACCAACAAUAUUGUAUCGUCCUUAGAAAAAAUAGACCUCACAAAGGACCCCUCAUCUAAUCUUUUGACCCGGCAUCAAAACGUGAAAGAGGCGCGGCAGCAGACGAGUGGAAUCGGAAAGCAUAGCCAGCUUCAAGCGGAUCACGACUUAUUAAGCGGUCGAUUCGAUUUGGGCGGUGGUGCGAGUGUAAUGGGUCAGUAUCCAAUGUUGGAAGGACCUUUUUUAUGACGACCUGUAAUUUAUUUCGAGUGUAAUGGGUCAGUUUCCAAUGGUUCCAUAAAAGCACAUACGUCAAGGUAGUACACCACAAAACUGGCUGAAGCAAAAGACGUAGUUCUUUCAUUUCACGCCUCAACCGGCUUUCAACCCCGUAGAGGUAGACGUAGUUCUUUCAUAUCUUGCCGGAGCAGAAGGAGGGAGAACUGGAGGCUUCAGUGUAGAGAUGGCCUUCGAUCAAAGCGGAUUUGAAGUAGGCAGACAACGUGGAGGAGCCUCUUCAUCAUCAUUAUGUGUGAGCGAAGUGAUGUAUUAAGGUCUAGUACCUCAAGCCCUAACCUAUUAUCGUUUACUGAUUACGACGUUUCCUUGAUUUCAAUAGCGUGUCUGCCAGUUUUCCUGGUAGGCCCACACCUAACCUAACCUAACCUAACCUAACGUGUAGUGCAAGGUGUGUAGAAAAAAUACCCACAUAGAAAACUCCUUUGACGCUUGUUCUCGCACAUCCUCUCCUUCUUCAUUCCCUUCUUCCUCGACGUUGAAAGGGAGCAAAGGUGCAGCGAAAGGAAUGAGUUCCAGUGCAGCCGCUUUUAAGGCACUAGCGCCCGUCGGAAUUGUGAAAGGCGGAUUCGAGCACGCUGGUAUAUUUUUUCUUCCGGUUCAUGCUGCUAGAAUUUUGCUUCUAAGUUUUUUUCAGAAUACUAUAACCGGAACAGCUUCAUAGAUGCUCCUCGUAUCCUAGAUUAAUAGUUUCAUCCCCUCUCUUCUUCUAGUAGGAGCUUUAUUAGAUGCUAUCCUAUCCUGUCCUAUCCUAUCAGUCUAUCUUUCUGUGUCCUAAUACUCAGGUGGCCAGUCCGUUUCCAUUUAUGCAAACGAAGGAGAUACGACCACGGCUGGAGGAGCAACGACAACGGCCUUCACACCAGGGUUGACACCGCAUUUCAUGAGCCGUGCGAUGGCGGGAGAUCAUGAACCAAGUGCUGCAGAACCUUAUGGCUAUGGGAUUGAUUUGAUUGAUUCUUUUCUGCUUUUUUUUUGCAUACUCUGCUCUUUGCUAGCAUUCUCUCAUUUUUUCUAGGAGUAUUUCUAAUUGUGUGGUCUCUUCUUCCUAAAGGGUCUGCUUUUCCAAUCAAAUGACUUAUCUUGGCCGCUGAGACACACUCUAACAAUCAAACGACGCGGAGAUGAACGACACGGGAUCAAGCGAAACACCGCUAAACAUGUGA